CUGCAUGUGUGAAAGCUGCUUGGCGUGAAUGCCUGGACCGUACCAUUGCAGGCGAGCGGCGGGGGUGAGCCCGUAAGAAAAAAAACGGAGGCGAGCCGAGACAAUGGGCCCCUCAAGUGUUCCCCCCGAGCCGCUUUGAUGUUGUCCUGCUGUCUGGAUGCUACGGGGAGCAGCAGCGCAGCGAAAGAACAGCUCUUUGUGUGUGGAUGUGUGCUCUUCUCUCUCUUUCUCUCUCUCUCUCUCUCUUUUAACUCUUUCCCCCUCUCUCGCUCACUCACUCGCACUCUCAGCCACAGGAGGAGGACAAAGCGAAAGGGAGUGGAAACCCCAAAAGAGAGAAAAGGGGGGGAGAGAACAAAACGAUGAAAAGCAAAGCCGUCCAGUAGUGGUGUUGUGUCUGUGUGUGUGGAGGGAGGAAGACGAGAGGAGAGGAGAGGAGAGGAGAGCAGAGGAGCAGGCUGCGGCUACGUAGCCUGAGAGAGGGUGUGUAUAGAAGAUACUCUGUGUUGAGGUUCAGUCCAGGAGUGUGAGGUUCUCUGACGACAGUGAAUACUGAACUCCACACACUCACACACUCCCAGAAGCUCAUACACACGUGGAGGACUGAUUGUCUGAUACAGAUGAGGGCCUGCCCAGGUCUGUGAGACCUGAGGGUCAUUUAAGAUUUGAGACUGUGUGGAGUGAGACAUCUCAUUGCAGAAGCAGCCAUGGCACAUACUCACUGGGAGCUAUGGUGACACACUGGGAUAUGUGUGGGGGGGGCCAGUGAGGCUCCGUGGGGGUGUCCACGCAGAGGAUGCUGGAGGUGGCCGAGGACCGGAGCACAGCACAGGCACCCGGCCGCCCGGAGCGAGCGAGAGAGCGAGUGGCGCGUGAGCGAGACGAUCCGGUCUGCGACGUCCCCCCCAAGAGCACGCGCGGAGCCAAAGCCACGGCAGCGGGCUCGGCCACGGGACACGCGCACACACACGCGCACACACACCUGCACACACACCCUGGCCACGGCCACACACACCACACCACGCCCAGUCCGCAGCAGCACCCGGCUCCCCCCAGCACUGGCUCUGUGGGACUCUCGUCAAUGCAUCCCAGCAACGCCAAAGUCAGGAACUCCCCGUCAGCGCACACCCAAAGCAGUCCUAAGUCCAAACAGGAGGCCAUGGUUCGCUCGCCCCCUGUCAUGUCUCCCUCCAGUGCCGUCCAGAUGGACUCCAAACUGCCCAAUCAGGGGAAGCAGGGGGGUGCAGGCAGCCAAUCACAGGCCUCGCCCUGCGAUCCAAAGGCUCUGGGUGGCGGCCACAACCCCAAAGCACCACUGGGGGGGCUGGGCUUGAAGAACGGCCAGAGCAUGGGAGGCGGGACUAAGGGCGGGACUAAAGUGAAACGCGAGAGGAGCACGUCGGCUGAGUCGUACGAGCAGCAUGAUGACACCACACCCACUAAUGACAGCGAGCCAAAAGAGAUGGGCAACAGAGCGAAGCGUCUGUGUGUGUCUGAGAGGAGGCAGCCCUACAGUGGAGCAGACUGGUGCUCAGGAGGGGAGACGGAUGAGGAGGACGCCGGUUUCUUCAACUGCAACUCUGGCGAGAUGAAGCCGGACCCCAGUGCCCUGUCGGCCACCACCCCUACCCAGAAUGCCAUGGGAGGACAGAGCUCAGGCCCUGAGAUGAGUUGUGGCCAGAAAUCUGGCACUAAAGUCUUCUACAUCUUCACCACAGAGAUGGCCAACAAGGCAGCUGAAGCGGUCAUCACUGGUCAUGCCGACAGCAUCAUUGCCUACCACACGAACCACAUCUCUAACGGCAACAAGCCCACUCUUCCCAUGAUGGGCCCCAUGGGUAGUGGCUCCAAGCAGCCAGGGGCCGCUCCUUCUUCCCAGCCCACGGAGCAGAACCACCAGCCAGCUUCCAAACCAGCAGCUCCAGGGCCCCAGCAGCCUGCUCCACCAUCCCAGCCUCAGGCUUCCGCCCCGGGGUCCAAGCCCCAGGAUGGCCCAUCCUCGGUGGGCCUGGACUCCAAGAGUGUCCCUGGUGGGAGCCCCCAGGAUGGAGGCUUGCAGGACGUUGGCACCCAUCCUGCCGGGUCGACCUCUGAGGGUAACCCUCCACCAGCACCUGGGCCAGGCGGGUAUCCAGCCAUGGAUUUGCCACCCAAGGGGGCAGAUGGCCAGCUCACCCCCCAGCAACAGCAGCAGCAGCAGCUAUCCCAGCUCCCCCAGGAGCUUAUGGCCCUGGGGGAGAACACGGAGGGCCUGUCGCAGGAGCAGCUGGAGCACCGCGAGCGCUCGCUGCAGACGCUGCGUGACAUCCAGAGGAUGCUCUUCCCCGACGACAAGGACAUGCCCGCCAUGGGGCCCCAGGGGGGGAACAUGGGCGGCCCGCCGCCCCCCAUGAUGGAGGGGCCAGUCGGGGGCCCCAAGAAGCCAGAGCAAGGGCCACUACAGGCCAUGAUGGCCCAGUCGCAGAGUCUGGGGAAGCCUGGGGGCCCGCGUCCGGAUGGGCCCCCGUUUGGUCCCCCGGGCCCCAGAGACAUGGGCUUUCCCCCGGACGAGCUGGGGCCCCCACCUCCCGGGCCCCCCAUGGGUCCUCCGGGUGGCAUGGGCGGGGAGCCGGGCGACCAUAUGACGCCUGAACAGUUGGCCUGGCUCAAGCUGCAGCAGGAGUUCUACGAGGAGAAGAAGCGCAAGCAGGACAUGAUGAUGCACCCGCACGGCCCCCGCAUGAUGCGCGGCCCGCCGCCGCCCUACCAGAUGAACCCCGGCGACGGCUGGGGGGGCCCCGGGGGGCCCGAGCCGUUCCCCGACCAAAUGGGCAUGGGGGGGCCGCCGCCGCGAGGCAUGCACCCCCACAUGCAACGCUUCCCGGGUAUGAUGAACCCCGAGAUGGACGGCGGGCACCACAUGCCCCGGCCGGGAAUGAACUGGCCCGAAGGCGACGGGCGCGGGUUCCCCCAGGGCAUGUUCGGGGGUCCAGGGGGCCCGGGAGGACGGGUGGAGAGGUUCCCCAACCCGCAGGCGGUUCAGGAGGCCAUGUUCCAGCAGGGGAUGGGAGACAAGCCGGCCAUGAUGAUGGACAUGAACAGGAUGAUGGGAAACCCGAGGCACAUGGAGCCGGGCCCUGGAGGAAUGAUGUUUCCCAGGAUGCCCAGCGAGGGGCCCAUGAGCCCCUCGUCCAGGAUGGAGUUUGUGAAGGGCCUGAGCCGCGACAUGGGCGACUUUGGCAUGGGCCCCGGGAACAUGGGCAUGGGGCCUAACCCUCAGAUGAUGAACCCCAAGAUGGGCAUGAGCCCCGAGGAGAUGAUGAAGAUGCGCGGAGGAGGAGGGCCGAUGAUGGAGAACAUGGGCCCCCAGCAGAAGAUGAUGCAGGGGCCUCCCUUCCCUGACCAGCCCCACCCGGGUGACUUCAACAUGGGGCCCAACCGGCAGUUUCUCCCCAUGAAUCAACCACCAGGGCCCAUGAACGCUGGGAGGGGUCCGAGAGGAGAGCCCCCCUUUGGACCAGACCAGCGAGGGGGUCCCGGCGGUAACGGCCGCCUGAGCCACAUGCCACCCGGUCAGCCCCCGACCUCCAGUGCCCCACCUCCACCCCCAUCUAACCCGCGGGGCGGCGGCCGCAAGCAGUCACAGGAGCCGGUCGGGUCGCCCGGGGUCAACCCCCUCAAGUCGCCCCCUCUGCGGCAGGUCCAGUCGCCCAUGCUGGCGUCGCCCUCGGCUGGCCUCAAGUCGCCGCAGACGCCCUCGCAGCUCGCCGGCAUCCUUACCGGCACGGCGCCCACUUCCAUCGCCUCGGCGUCCGUCUCCAUCAAGUCGCCGGCCGUCAUGGGGUCGGCGGGGGCCUCGCCUGUCCACAUGAAGUCGCCGUCGGUGCCCGCGCCCUCGCCAGGCUGGACAUCGUCGCCCAAACCUCCGCUCCAGAGCCCAGGGGCCCCGCAGGGGGGGAAACCCAACCUCAGCCUCACCUCCCCCAACAUGAUGAGCAGCAAUGAGCCAGGCGUUAGUGCUCCCUCCUCUGUUACUCCCUCCAGCAGCUCGACCAAUCAGCCGGGCUCGUUAAGCGGUGCCCCGGGUAACAGCAGUCUGCCGUCCAGCGGUCCCUACAACAUGCCACCUGAGCCCACGCUAUCCCAGAAUCCCCUGUCCAUCAUGAUGUCACGAAUGUCAAAGUUCGCCAUGCCUAGCUCCACGCCCCUUUACCACGAUGCCAUCAAGACUGUCGCCAGUUCAGAUGACGAUUCGCCCCCUGCACGGUCACCCAAUCUCCCCAACAAUAACGGCAUCCCUGGUAUGGGCCACCCGCGCAUGAUGACGCCCAGCUCGUCUGGCCCCAUGCCCGCACUCAGCCCCAUGGGCAUGAACGCCAUGGGUGCCCAGCAGCUGCCUCACAGCAUGGCUGGCCCCAUGCCCAACCAGAUGCCCUCGCCUGGCUCCAUGGGGCCCGGCAUGCCCCCUCACCCAGGCAACAUGGGCCCAGGAGGAAUGAUGGGCCCACAGGGCAUGAUGAUGCCCCCCGUGUCCCAGGACCCGAGCAUGAUGGGGCAGGGGCGGAUGGGCAUGCCACCGCACCGUGGACAAGGCUACCCUCCAGGACAGUCGCCCCCGCAGCAGGGCCCCUACGCCCAUAAUGGCCCCGGGCCUCAGGGCUUCCCCCCUGGGAUGGGAUUCCCUGGGGAGGGGGGCCCCAUGGGUCGUAUGGGAGGGGGCCCUGAGCCAGGCAGAGGGCCCGGAGGGGGCCCAGAGUUCGGUGGGAUGUUCGACCCUGACCUCCAGGAGGUGAUGCGCCCUGGGGCCUCAGGGAUCCCCGAGUUCGACCUGUCGCGCAUCAUCCCGUCCGACAAGCCCAGCCAGACGCUCUCCUACUUCCCCCGCGGCGGUGGCGACGGCAAGCCUCCCCCACACCACGGCGGCCCGCCGGGCUUCCCUCCCCAGAUGCAGGCCAUGAUGGGGGAAGGAAGCCCCCGGAUGAUGGGGGGCCCCGGGCCCAUGGGACCCCAGGACAUGCCAAUGGGCCACGGGGGCAUGCGGCCCCAGGGCUUCAUGGGCCCCGGGGGUAUGGGCGGUCCCGGGGGGAUGGGCGGCCCUGGAGGUAUGGGCGGUCCCCAGGGGGGCAUGGGGGGGCCGCAGCACAGGAUGCUAUCGCCCGGCCAGCAGCAAGGCAUGAUGGGAGGCCCCGGCAUGAUGCAGAAAGACCGCGGCCCCAUCUAUACACACCCGGGUCCGGGGGGGUCCCCCAACAUGAUGAUGUCACUGCAAGGGAUGGGGGGUCCCCAGCAGACUAUGAUGAUGCCCCAGAUGAGGCCGCGCGGUGGUGUUGGGGGGGACAUGGGCAUGAACUUUAACCCCGGCCCCGGGAAUCCUGGGAAUAUGAUGUUCUGAGCUCUGAAAAACAGUAAACACUAAACCUGGGAUGACUGAUCAGAGAGCUUAGAGGGAGAUUUCACUCUCGAGUUUUCCUACAUGUGUGUGUGUGUGUGUGUGUGUGUGUGUGUGUGUGUGUGUGUGUGUGUGUGUGUGUGUGUGUGUGUGUGUGUUUGUGUGGACUGGGAACUUAGCUGUACACACAGUGGUACUAGUGGUAUGAACUUUGACUUUCGGGAUCACAACCAGACUGAGAGACUUGGGGAAGAGUUUGUGGAACCCUUCUCAUAGAGAACCCUGUAGACCAGAGAGGUUGUGAACCGCAGAGUUGAAACCCUUAGCUGUACUCUAGAACAAAAAUGUGCAGAAAUAACUAUGAGAGUGAGUAAAUAUGAAGACCUAAAACAAAGACAGACUGUUGGAUAUCACAAGGAGAAUUUACAUGCUUACAAGACAAGACAAAGAUGGACUGAAGGCAAGGAACCUCUUCUGAGGAGUUGCAGCGUGUUUGGCUGUAUGUUUACAUCACACCCCAUAACCUCUCUCCAGAAGAGAAUAAAGCUCUGUGUGUGUGUGUGUGUGUGUGUGUGUGUGUGUGUGUGUGUGUGUGUGUGUGUGUGUGUGUGUGUGUGCGUGCGAGACGGUAUGUUUGUGUGUGUAUGUGUGUAUGGGUGUGAGUGUGUGUGUGUGUGCUGUAUUCGUGUUGUAAAAGGGAUUUUACCAGUGACUUCUCUAGGUCCUUUUACUUUCUGGUGUGUGUCUCGUGUGUGUAUAAAUCUGGGUAAGGCAGUCCUGCCCGGCCUCUUACUGAAUACUGUGCAUUGUUGAAAAAGACUCUUUUAAAUGUUGUUUCCUUUGUUACUCCGUUGUAUGAUAAACCAAACUAAAACCUCAUACAGAUGCUAGUAUUAUCGAGAAACAAAGCACAAACAUGAAUUAACUGUAAAGAACGCGAAGGUGUCUUCUCCUCUGUUUUGUAUGGUAGGGAAACACUUCUUUUGGACACAUGUCAAGGGGCGUCAGGGUGGAGAUGAAGUCUGCUGGCUAAAUAAUGAUGCUCUACCCUCUUGGGGUGAUUGACUGGGUCAAGCUUUUGUGGGAGUAGGGGGGGUCGGUUUGGGGAGACUGUUGGUGGUAGUGGUUGACGUCAUCAUGGGAACUCGGCCUCAGACAACCACUCACCGUUGACCCCCAGUGCCACGUUACCAUAGACACCAUUGUGGACAAAACAAACAAGCAAUUCCCACUGGCAGUUUUUUUUUUUCUGUUUUGGAGGAAGCUAGAUAUUGCUGUGUCUGGCGACAGAUUAUUAAUGUAUCAGUUGGUGAGAAGGGAGAAGUUCUGUAGAAAUCCAAUAUGAUGGUAAUAAUAAA